AUUUCUUCAUGGAUGAUGGCCAGAGUUGGGCAAUUGAGUGGGAUGGUGCAGAUGUGUCUGGCUACAAGAGUCACUUCGAACUAGGUGGUAUCUAUGAACCUAUUACUGUCGGGAAUGUCUGCAAAGAAUGGGUUAUCAUUGACAUUCGAUGUCCUGGUCUUCAUAAUGAACAACCAAAGUAUAGUUGUGAUGAUCAUUGGAUGAACGUAUAUUGCCAGGAGAAUUGGAAAUCUGUUAUAAUAGAAAAUAAGGAUGGAAAAACUGAGGUUUAG